ACCCAGCCGGCGGACGCAUCCAUGGAGAGCUCGUGCAGCAGUCCUCUGCCUUUCUACUUCCAAAACCACAUUUUAACAUGACAUAAGAAGCCAAACCCGGCACUUCCAGACAGAAGCUCAACGUUUUUGCUGAACAGCCCUCGCAGCAUCCCAGCGGUACCAAUUCCUAACUUUUGUUUUUUCUUAUCAUUCCCCCUGAAAACCCCUCCCCUGUACUUUUUCAUCCGUUCCCGGGAGAUAAAUCUAUUCUCUGGGAAUUUGAGGAGGUUGCUCGAUUUCUUUUUGUUACUUCGGGAUCCGCAUGGAUGUGGCAGCGGUAGAGGGGAUGUCUCUGCCGGGUAUCCGACUCCGGAAUCGGCCGACUCAAGUGAUGCCGAGCCAGAAGAAGGUCAAAGCGAGGCGGAAAAAGCGAAAGGAGUUGGUUUUAAUCCAGAUAUGCUUGUUCGGCGGCUUGCUUCUGGUCGUGAAGGGGUUUUCCUUCUUAGCGGAAAAUGCAGGUUUUGACAUCUCCAGCCACAGCACGGAGGACCAAGAGAGAUGGGGAAGCAGGAGGCUACUGCAGGAAAUGGACAACAGCAGCCUGGAGGAAAUGGAGAGUGAAGGAUCUAAAAACUGCAAUGCUCCAGCUCUGCACGAGUUCCCUACAGACCUGUUCACACACAAAGAGAGAACAGAAGGAGCUUUGGCCCUGCAUGUCCUGUGUACCAUAUACAUGUUCUGUGCCCUGGCCCUCGUCUGUGAUGACUACUUCGUCCCCUCCUUGGAGAAGAUAUGUGAGCGUCUCAAUCUCAGCGAGGACGUAGCAGGUGCGACCUUCAUGGCCGCCGGCAGCUCGGCUCCUGAGCUCUUCACGUCCAUCAUAGGGGUGUUCAUCACCAAAGGUGACGUGGGUGUGGGGACCAUCGUGGGUUCAGCUGUCUUCAACAUCCUCUGCAUCAUUGGUGUGUGUGGCUUCUUCGCUGGGCAGGCAGUGAAGCUUACUCCUUGGGCUCUACUCCGAGAUUCAAUUUACUACACCUUUUCUAUCAUAGCCCUCAUUGCGUUCAUCUAUGAUGAGAAGGUGUGCUGGUGGGAGUCUCUUGUCCUGAUUCUCAUGUAUGCAGUCUAUAUCCUCAUCAUGAAGUUUAACGGCAGGGCACAGCGCUACUUCGAUCGUCGAAAGAAGAGCUCCGUAAAUCUGGCCAACGGGUUGACAGGAAGCACUGAUCUGGAGGAUAAUGUCACUUGUGAUGCUACUGCAGUCCUGCUCAAGAAAGCUAACUUCCACUGUAAGCCAUCCGUGCUGAUGGUAGAUGAGCUCCUGUCUGCCUACCCCCACCAGCUGUCUUUCUCCGAGGCUAGCAUGAGGAUCAUGAUCACCAGUCAUUUCUCACCCAGAACCCGCCUCACCAUGGCCUCUCGGAUGCUGAUCAAUGAGAGACAAAGACUGAUCAACACCACUGAGACUCGGGUCAACCGAAUCAACAACGGCGACUCUGACUCAGUGGCCAAGGCCCAGGGGAGGCGGGGCUUGGAGAAUGGGAUGGGCGGGGCUGAGCAGGGCCUCAACGGUAGAUGCAGACUUCAGCGACUGGAGUCUGGGAAUGAGACAGAGAAUGAAAACGAGGACAAUGAGAACAACGAGAAUGAUGAGGAAGGAGAGGGAGAGGAUGACAAUGGAGGGCCCCUGGUGCCUUUCAAAGCUCCAGCGGGUGCAUGUAACAAGCUGAAGUGGCUGACCAUGUGGCCGCUGUCCCUGCUUCUGUUCUUCACCGUGCCCAACUGUGCCAAGCGGGGCUGGGAGAGAUGGUUCAUGGUCUCCUUCUUCACUGCCACCAUCUGGAUCGCUGGCCUUUCCUACAUCAUGGUCUGGAUGGUGACUGUGAUUGGCUUCACUCUGGGCAUCCCUGAUGUCAUCAUGGGCAUCACCUUCCUAGCAGCAGGCACCAGCGUCCCAGACUGCAUGGCUAGUGUUAUAGUCGCACGGCAAGGUCUGGGAGACAUGGCCAUCUCCAACUCCAUAGGCAGUAAUGUGUUUGACAUCCUGGUGGGCCUGGGCCUGCCCUGGGCUCUACAAACACUCUGCAUCGACUACGGCUCCAUCAUCCAUCUUAACAGCAGGGGACUCAUAUUCUCUGUUGGACUCUUACUAGCCUCAGUAUUCUUCACAGUUCUAGGGGUCCAUUUGAACAAAUGGACUUUGGACUGGCGACUGGGCUUGGCCUGCAUCAUCCUGUACGCUGUCUUUCUAUGCUUCUCCGUCCUCAUUGAGUUCAACGUCUUCAUCUUCGUCAACCUUCCUAUGUGCCGAGACAUCCAUUGACCUCCCUCCUCUUCUUCUUCUACUUCUUCCUCUGGCUAAUGGAGGAAACCUCACCUGGCUUCCAGUUUCUUGGCGCCUUCAGACCAAGUCCUACCUUUUUUUUUUUCCAAAUAGAAAAAUAGAGCUCUAUAUGAUUUAUCUUUGGUGCAAUACACACAAGAGAGAGGACACCGGAGGUUGUGGGUUUUUUGGUGGGACUGCACAUGAGGCGCGAAAAGAAAGUCCCAGCAGCAGAGAUUGCUGCCAGUCGUUGUCUAAGUUUGUACUGAAAGGUUUGCUGGAGUGAACUUAACCGUAUUAAGACCAACAGUUAGGCUACUGUUGGUGAAGAAGCUGCUACUGUUACUGACUAACUGACCGGCAGAAAGAGAGAAAUCCUGCGCUAUCAGCGAUUUUUAGCUGGAUCGUUUGUUACUCUUUGUACAAGUUUGGAUAUAAGCACACAAUUAAGGUAUUUUUAAGUAAAAACUGGCUUUCUCUGUAUAUAUUUGAGGAUUAUAUAAUUAAUAAUAUUAGCUGAAACAUGGGAUUCUCUUAUGCACAACUGGAUCAGUCUUGCAAAACUGAAUGAACCAAUGACGGUGACAAUAUUGUAUGUUUUACUUUAGCACAGCACAGUCAUGUGGUCUGCCAGAAAUACACUCAAAUGCUUCAUUUGUCUCCCUUUUUUCAGCCCUGAUACAGUAUAACAACAUAGCAUGCUGUUCUAGCCACAAGCCAACUCUAGCUUUGCACUGACAGAGAGAAUCUAGAUAUUAAACAAUAUUCACAUAGAGUCUAUUCUUGGCUGUUUUUCUGUCUCUCUACAGGCAUAUCCCAGUAGAUGUGGGGUUUAUUUUUCUUGAAUAAAACCCACAUAUGAAAGGGAUCUCCCUGGAACUGACACCCAGCACUGACACUUUAUUGAUUAGAGAUGUUAUUCUAUCAUUGCGCAGUGUCUACAGGUUCUCUAAACAUGUAACUACUGAAUUUAAAGUUCCCUCUAGACAUUAAACCUCUUGUGCUAUAAUUAAGAAAUAGUUUCUAGCCUCUGAGUUGAGUAUAACAUUGUUACUUCUUAAAGCCAAAAGUAUUUUUAGAAUAGCAGUAAGAGUUAUAGAUUUGGACUUAAGAAUCAGCUUGUGUGCGCAGCGUGUGUGUGUGUGUGUGUAUGUGAGUGUGUGCGCAUGUGUGUGAGGUGUGUGAUACAAUCUCGAGGGGAACCAAGGAUACCACUGUUACUGGGAAGACAUAAUCAUGAUUUAUUUAUGAAUUAAUUUAUUCAAAGAUCAUGUCUAACCACCAGUUUCAGCCCUUUGGAUCAUGUACAGUGUAUUAAAUGGAACGCUCUCCGAUCAUUGGCGACGGAGCUGUACAAUGUACUGUACCUAAUAUAUAAUCUAAGUACUGGAAACUGACUUGAUGUUGUUUAUAUUUAAGAAUAGAACUUUAUAAUUUAUAAGUUUUGUAUAGUUUGGAAAGAUAUUGCAACAUUUGUAUAUUGGUACAAAAACAGUUUAGAGAUGUUGUGUUUUGGUGAGAUGGACUGAAAGUGCAUCUGUUUGACCCUCUCACCGGUCCUAACACGGCGAGAUCGGUGAAAGCUAAUCUCCCUUCUCGUAUGUUAAACUAGUGAUGAAUCACGGAUGUAAAAGUUGCACUUUCAGAGAAAAAGGAAGUGCGUACUGAUGGCACGCCACUCUGAACUUUCACAACAUAUUGUUUCUUAAACACAGUGCUUGAACUCUUGUACCAUCCCUUGUAUUUGAGGCUUCAAAUCCUGCGCUCAUGGCCAUUCUCCUGCUUGUAUUUGAGCCAAAAAUACACCAUUGUCAACAGUAUUGCCACUCUGUUUCAGCAUGUGUUCAAACAAACUGUGUAUUUUUAUUUUUGAUUUUAUAAGAUUUUGCUGAAGCAUCCUCAGUAGGUGUUGUUGCUUCUCCUGCAGCCACGAGAGAGCGCUGUAGAACUGUGUUACAUCUUCAGAGGGGGCUGACACAGUAGAAAGUGGUUUGGGUAUAUUUUCAGGUAGGCUACAUAGAAACAAAUACUGGUCAGUUUGCAUGCCUCUUUCAUAAUUCAGAUUAUUUUAUGUGUAAUUUUAAUGCAUUUCCAAGAUGAAAAGGCACUGUCUUGAUUAUGCUGUACAUAUCAGAGGGAUAUGCUACUAUAAACACAGAUGUUGGAGUAACUUCUGACAAGCAGUUAUAUUUGAGAUAUAUACAGUAUUUAGAAUGUAGGCCUACAACAGUUAGUUUUCAGCUAAUUAAUGUCGUUUGAUGCUCAUGUCCUUUGAAUUGUUUGUAAAUCCUCAUUUUUGUUGACGAGGACUUCUGGGCUCAGAGCCAGAGAGAUGAAGAUGUUGGCCUUGUUCCCAGUGGUCUUCUUGCA